AUGGGCAAGCCCUGGUCAUCUGGACAGCAAGGGAAUUUUCGUGAUCUUUCUGGCUCUGGUCAUGCCUUUCAGAUGUUUAAGAAUAAUCAUCAUGACCACAAGCAAAGAGUGGAAGCCAUGAUUAAGAACAUUAAUACAAUUUCUUUGGAGAUGAAGAAGAUGAAAGAACUCUCCCAUAUCCUGCUGUGUGACCUCAAUCUCCAUUUUGGUCAGCCCAAGAAGACUGAGGACCCCAAGGAAGCAGAAACAAGCCACUCAUAUGAAGAGACUGAGAUACCAGAUGUAGCCCUUGCUUCUAUCAGUUUAUCUGACUGA